UGAGUUUACGUUCGAAAAAAGUUGUAAUCAAGAGACCUGAAUCACCUAACCUUGAUAAAAUGGAUUUCAUAAGCAGGCUGCAUGACUCACUGCUGCUUCAAAUCCUCUCACUUCUCCCCGAAUCUGAUGCAACUCGAACGCGCAUUUUGUCCAACAGAUGGAAGAACCUCUGGUCGUUGCUUCCGAUUCUUCAUUUCGUCAUGCCGUUCUGUUGGACGUUCGAAGAAGCCAACAGGUUUCAUGACCGCGUUGAUCAAACCCUAGCUCUUCGUGGUUGUAUGCCGAUCAAAAGGUUUUAUCUUUACUGUUCUAAGUACUGUAAUUAUGAUCGUGUUCGUGAUUGCAUUCGUAAUGUUGUGAAGUGUAAAGUUCAAGACCUCGAGAUUAGGUUUCCUGAUGAUAACUUUAGGUUUAAGUUUUGCUGGGAUUUGUUUAAGACUUGUGGGUCUCUAGUUCGAUUAACUUUGCGAGGUGAGUUUUUGUUAAGUGUGCCUGAUGAUGUUGAUGUGCUGUUUCCAUGUUUGAAGACGGUUAAUCUUGUAUCUAUUAAGUAUUCUUGCGAUGAGUGUUUUAAGAAUCUGAUUUCUGGGUGUCCGGUUUUGGAAGAAUUGUAUGUGGAGAGACAGAUCAUAGGUGAGGUUGAUAACAUGGAGAGUUGUAUGGUUAUUUCACCGUCUUUGAAGAAGCUAGGGUUGUCAUUUGCACUGAGUGGUAGAGGGGAUUUUAGGGUUGUGAUCGAUGCGCCUAGACUGGAACACCUUAGUGUUGUGGAUGUAAUGUCGACAAGAUACUCGUUGUUGACAAAACCUUUGUCGCUUACUGAGGCUCACUUGAAGGUACGGAAUGGUGUAGUUGAAGCUGUUGCUUCGCUCGUGACAUGCAUCUCGAAUGUCAAAGUAUUGAUGUUAAAUGAUUUGGCUUUGGUGGUAUGUCUAUUCAUUAAUCUUCAAAGUUUGAUCCUUUUAAGGUUUUAA